AUGUAUCCAAGCAUUCAAGAUGUCCUUGAAGGGAAUACUUGUACUGGUGUUUUAGAUGUGAGACACGCCGUUGAUGCUUUCACUUCGACGAGUUUUCAUUCGAGUUUGGUUGUGGAUGAACUUCUCGCCUGUCCGAUGGCUGAAUCAAGUGUUUGUGUACACCAUUUGCCGAAUGUAGAUUCGACCUCGUUUUACUUCCUUGGUGAUUCUAUUGAUGUCGCGUUGCUUCCUGCGCCAGCUGAAGUUCCUGACGUUUGUGAUAUGCAUUGUGGUAUUUGUUACACGUCUGUGGUAGAAUCAGGUUCGAUGUAUGUGUUUGAAGACGUUCAGCAAAUCUCAACUCAAGAGUCCGCAAUUUCCUCUAAUGUUGACCACCGUUCUUUCGGAAGUUACACCGGGACGGUUGUAUCUAGAUAUAUUCCUAAGUUAGACUUCGGCAGUCAAACGGAAUUAACAUCGGAAACGGCCGAAACUGAGUCUUCUUGGGUUUCUGGAGAGGUACCUGAAGUUUCCUCCAGUGAGUCCCACGGUCCAGCUGAAGGAAAACCGAAGCGAGCCAUUGAAGUACAAUGUGAUUUAGUACCACAUGUCACAAAAUUAGAGCAAGGAUGUGAAGCUAAAAUCGUAGGACAUAUUUUCACGGAGGGUUACGCGAGCUACGUGCAAACUCAGGAAUCCCUUCUAACGACAUACCCCAGUUCCGAUAUUCACGCGCCGAAAGACAUCAUAAGACAAAAAGAGACUUACCAAAAAGAGGAUGCAGAAACCCAAACGGAUAUGCAAAAUCUUGAUAUGACACAAAUCGAAACGCACGGAGUGCCUGAUAGGAAAUAUGUGUUAGUGGACGAAAAUCGGCAACACUUAACCAGCAGCGUGAAGGCAAAACCAGAACAGCCGACCGAACAUAUAGAGAGGAGCAUUUACGGUACAACCGAUGCAGUGGUCUUCACAGAGACAUACGCAGAGAAAGAUCGGAAAGAAGCAGCAGAAAAAGAAAAAGCCAAAGAACAAGGGAUCCUACAAGUCCUGGAAAAAACCGAAAAGCAACGUAAACACAGCAACCUAAUAGACGCCAACAACUGGAGAAUUCAAACCACCGAACCUCAAACAAAGGUGCCGAAAACCUCAGUUUCCGUUGAUCGCACAAUUCGAAUGACAGACGUGAGCGUGAGCUACGUC